UCGAAAACGACUCUCAAAUCUCAUGAUCAGAGCAACGGGAAUAAUAACCGCCCAUAUUGACCGGUACAGCGGGGCAUCCCCAUAGUGCUGCCCUGAAAAGAGUGAUGACUCAAAGGUUUCCUGGACACAAUGCGCAUGGCAACGGCCCCUGCGUGGGCACCGGGUAUAAAUAGGCCGAAGUGGCCAUCAGGCAGGCAUCACAUCUGGAUCAACAAACCGCCAUCAUGACCAUGGGCAAGAUCAUCUUCUACGAGGACAGGAACUUCCAGGGCCGGUCGUACGAGACCAGCGGCGACUGCCCCGACAUGACCUCCUACCUGAGCAGGUGCCACUCCUGCAGGGUGGAGAGCGGCUUCUUCAUGGUCUACGACCGCUCCGACUUCAUGGGCAACCAGUACUUCGUCAAGAGGGGCGAGUACUCCGACUACCAGCGCAUGGGCAUGAGCGACUGCAUUAAGUCCUGCCGCAACAUCCCCAUGCACAGGGGCCAGUUCAGGAUGAGGAUCUACGAGAAGGAGAACUUCGGCGGGCAGAUGCACGAGAUGAUGGACGACUGUGACAACAUGAUGGAGCGCUACCGCAUGUCCGAGUGCCAGUCCUGCAACGUGAUGGACGGGCACUGGCUGAUGUACGAGCAGCCUAACUACAGGGGCAGGAUGAUGUACAUGAGGCCCGGCGAGUACCGCAACAUGAGGGACAUGGGCAUGAGCGGCUCCACUCGCUUCAACUCCUUCAGGCGCAUCACCGACUCCUGUUAGCCUGCUAGCCUGUUAGCCUGUGCGGCCGUUAGCUAGACACAAUAAAACUAUUGGC